AAAGGAUGAAAGGCAAAAAUAAACACAACCGGCGCUCAUUAGCGAGUGGAGUCUGCUCCGGUUCAUCCAGAAAGCUGGAAAACCCAAAAUCGACCCAAUUCAUAAUAACUUCAAACAAAAGCCCUACAUCUGCUCUUAUAUCAUUCAUCACUACUAUUUCAUUACAUAAACAAUAAAAUAAUUCCCGCUGGCUGUUUUUCAAGCUCUGAUUCCAAUUCCAUCUUCAUGCCGAUAGCGAUUCUGAUAAAACCCUAUUAUCACUUUUCUUCAAAACCCUAAAAAGAAAAAACAAAAACAAAAACUCAACAGCUACAUUGAUACAACACCAAUUUAUUUAUCCAAAUGGCUUCGAGGGACCAAGCUCUCUCGCUCCUGACGGCAGCGAACAACCACAGCGAUUUAGCAGUCAAGCUCUCUUCAUUGAAACAGGCCAAAGACAUUAUUUUGUCAGUGGAGCCGUCUUUUGCUGCCGAGCUUUUCCCUUACCUGCUGCAACUCCAAUUUUCUCCUGAGAGUCUCGUCAGAAAAAUGCUUCUCGAGAUUAUUGAGGAAAUGAGUUUGAAAGCAACGGAGCAUUGUUCUUUACUUGUACCUGUCUUAUUGGAAUUUUUGAAAGAUAAUGUUCCGGUCAUUGCGAGGCAAUCUAUUGUUUGUGGCACCCAUUUAUUCUCUGCUAUUCUAGAGGAAAUGGCAUUCCAGUUCCAACGGUGUGGUAAGGUGGAACGAUGGCUUGAAGAACUAUGGAUAUGGAUGCUUAAGUUCAAGGAUGCUGUGUUUGCAAUUGCAGUUGAACCUGGCUCUAUUGGGACAAAGUUGCUGUCGCUUAAAUUUUUGGAAAAAUAUGUAUUGCUUUUUACAGCAGAUGCCAAUGAUUCUGAUAAGUCUUUUGCAAGAGGAAGCAAACGAUUAUUUAACGUUUCGUGGCUGGUUGGUGGCCAUCCUGUUUUGGACCCAGUUGCUCUCAUGUCAGAUGCAGACAGGACUCUUGGUAUUCUAUUGGACUUUUUGCAGUCGCCUGGCAGUCUUCCUGGUCCAUUAAUAAUUGCAGUUGUAAAUUGUCUUGCAGCUAUAGCAAGGAAACGGCCGGUCCACUAUGGUACUAUUCUUACUGCAUUGCUUGAUUUCAAUCCAAAUUCAGAGAUAGUGAAAGGAUGCCAUACUGUUAGUAUUCAGUAUUCCUUGAGAACUGCCUUUCUGGGAUUCCUGCGGUGUCUGCAUCCUACCAUAUUUGAGUCAAGAGAUAAACUGCUUAGAGCAUUACGAGUUAUGAAUGCUGGGGAUGCUGCUGAUCAAGUUAUUCGUCAAGUUGAUAAAAUGAUUAAAAAUAACGAGCGUGCCUCACGUGAAUCCAGGGUCAGCAGGGAUGAUCAACCAUCCAGCCAACCUUCAGUUUCAAGUGAUCAAUUGAGAAAAAGAUCUGUGCCUCUAGAUCAUGAAGAACUCACUAAUGGUCAUGAGGUGUCAGCCAAGCGAAUUCGUUAUGGCCCUAUCAUGUCAUCAGCCAUAACAUUGCAAAUAAAUGAUUCUGUGGAGGAUUCAGUAUGUGUCAAUGGAUCAUCUUCUAACGCUCCUUUACUAGACAGUGAUUUGACUCCUGCAGAACAAAUGAUAGCUAUGAUUGGUGCAUUGCUUGCUGAAGGAGAGAGAGGUGCCGAAUCGCUUGAAAUUCUUAUUUCAAAUAUUCACCCUGAUCUACUAGCUGAUAUUGUGAUCACUAACAUGAAGCAUUUGCCUAAGAAUCCCCCACCUUUGACAAGGCUUGGGAAUGUGCCAGUAACUCGGCAAACUGCUUCUUUGAGCAAUCCUACACAAUUUGUGUCACCAUCUGCUUCAACAAAUUAUGCUUCUACAGUUUCUGCCACACAAGUACCUUUUGCUGCAGUAGUUGCAAACAGUUUCUCAUUGUCUGAUACAUCCACUGUCAAUAAUAUCCCUGCAGAUUCUAAACGUGAUCCGAGAAGGGAUCCCCGUCGCCUGGAUCCGCGACGUUCAGCAACACCUGUUGGAGGGCUGUCCAUGCCUGUUGCAGAUGAUACUGGUGCUACAGAACCUGAAUUUGAUGGUUCAGUUUCAUCAAGUAAACCUCUUUCAGUUCCUGCUGUGACAUCUGCUGAGAAUUCUCAUGUGCUUCUGUUGUCAAACAGCGAAAGCGAUGAUAAGACUCUAGAGAGUCCAAUGGUGCCUGAAACUGAUGAAUUAAGUUUGAAAGAGGAUGGUUUCAGUAAACCUGAGGAAAUUGUCCCCGUUUCAGAAGUCAAGGCUUCUUCAGACCAUGCUCUUUCUCCUUCUCACAUGGUUGAUGAGGAUUCUGUUACAUCAAAGUUGUCAGAUGUUGAAGUGACAUAUGGGGAUAACACAUCUUUGAUGGACGUUGAUCAGAAUUCCCCUACUGUUUCAAACUCGUCCAUUCCUGAAGAAACCUGUCAGGACUUACCGCAGGUCCCAUUUUACAUUGAACUAACUGAGGAACAGCAAAGAAAUGUGAGAAACUUGGCAGUUGAACGGAUUAUUGAAUCCUACAAGCAUCUGUCUGGGAUUGAUUGUAGCCUGAAACGCAUGGCAUUACUUGCUCGAUUGGUUGCUCAGGUUGAUGAAGAUGAUGACAUUGUCGUGAUGCUACAGAAACAAAUUGUUGUGGAUUACCGGCUGCAAAAGGGGCAUGAGCUUGUAAUGCAUAUCCUGUAUCAUCUACAUUCUCUUAUGAUUCUUGAUUCACCUGGAAGCUCCUCAUAUGCUUCUGCUGUCUAUGAAAAAUUCGUCUUGGUAGUGGCCAAAUCUCUUUUAGAUGCUUUUCCAGCUUCAGACAAGUCCUUCAGUAGACUUCUUGGCGAAGUUCCACUUUUGCCAGAGUCUGCCUUGAAAUUGUUAGAUGAUCUCUGCUCCAGUGUGGUUUUGGAUUCCCAUGGAAAAGAGGUUCAUGAUGGUGAGCGUGUCACUCAAGGCCUUGGUGCUGUGUGGGGUUUGAUUCUAGGUCGUCCCAAUAAUCGGCAUGCAUGCUUAGAUAUUGCUUUGAAGUGUGCUGUUCAUUCACAAGAUGACAUUCGAGCAAAAGCCAUCCGGCUGGUGGCAAACAAACUCUAUCAAAUAAACUACAUUGCAGAAAAGAUUGAACAAUUUGCAACAAAGAUGCUACUAUCUGCUGUAGAUCAGCAUGCAUCAGACACUGAACUUUCACAGUCUGGCUCCAUCGACCAAAGAGAUGGGGAGGCCGGAAGCCAGGAGACAUCAGUCAGUGGCUCUCAAGUCUCAGAUACUGCAAAUGUUGAAAACAAUAAGCAGAGUGCACAGCCAGUAGUAAAAAAUAUGUCAAUAAUGUCCUUGUCUGAAGCUCAACGACUAAUUUCUUUAUUUUUUGCUUUAUGCACGCAGAAACCUAGUCUUCUUCAACUUGUGUUUGACAUCUAUGGACGAGCUCCAAAAUCUGUAAAGCAGGCUGUUCAUCGCCAUAUCCCUAUUCUUAUAAGGGCCCUAGGGUCAUCUUGUUCUGAGCUGCUCCGUAUAAUAUCUGAUCCGCCAGAAGGAUGUGAAAAUCUUCUGAUGCUGGUGCUGCAAAAAUUGACUCAAGAGACAACACCAUCUGCUGAUCUAAUUGCUACUGUUAAACAUUUAUAUGAAACUAAGUUAAAGGAUGCUACUAUACUUAUUCCAAUUUUAUCUUCACUGUCCAAGAAUGAGGUGUUGCCUAUUUUCCCUCGGUUAGUUGGUCUUCCAAUAGAAAAGUUCCAGAUGGCACUUGCUCAUAUUUUACAGGGUUCAGCUCAUACUGGUCCAGCUUUAACUCCUGCAGAAGUGUUAGUUGCCAUCCAUGAUAUCAGCCCUGAGAAAGAUGGCCUUGCACUCAAAAAGAUAACAGAUGCCUGCUCAGCUUGUUUCGAGCAACGCACAGUCUUUACUCAGCAGGUUUUGGCAAAGGCCCUGAAUCAAAUGGUUGAUCAAACACCUCUGCCUCUACUUUUUAUGAGAACAGUGAUUCAGGCAAUUGAUGCAUUUCCUACACUGGUUGAUUUUGUUAUGGAGAUACUCUCUAAACUUGUGACUAGACAGGUCUGGAAAAUGCCGAAGUUGUGGGUGGGGUUUUUAAAAUGUGUGUCUCAAACAAGGCCCCAUUCUUUCCGUGUAUUAUUACAGUUACCACCUCCACUGCUUGAAAGUGCUAUGAGCAAGCACUCUAAUCUCAGAGGCCCAUUGGCUGCUUUUGCAAACCAACCAAGUAUCAGAACUUCACUACCUAGAUCAACACUAGCAGUUCUUGGUCUUCUCAAUGAUUCACAAACACAGCAACCACAUGUCGCCUCUUUACACACGUCAGACAAAAGUUCUUCAAUUCAUGGAGCAAAUCUUACAUGAUAAUCAACUUAUAAGAAUCAGAAACUGACAAAUUGUAUAGCAAGGCAUUGUUGAAGACCUUCCAGAUGCUGGUCCUCAUCCAAUGGUUCCACUUACCACAAAGGGGAAGACAAAUUUGCUGCUUUCAAUGGAUGCUGACAUGGAUAAUUUUUUAUCAGUGGUACUGAAUUUGAAGUCAGCCGGGCAGCUGAAGUUGCCCUUUCUGCUGUCUUGGAAGAAUCCCAACCCUCUCCUCCCCCGGCUGCUCUAAUAGUGUAUCAUAGUUGUAAACUCUUUCAUUCAUGUUCCGAAUUCGCAGUGUAAUUAAUUCCUUGAAAUUUUGAUUUCUGCUCCAGCCUAUUACGGGCAGGUCCUAUAAAAGGUGCAAAGUUGGUCGGUAUGCAGAGCGAGUAGGUUAAGUCGCUAACUGUACUCUUAACAGGUGGGGUCCCUUUCUGCGGACCAGGGACCAUGUAAUUUAAGGAAUGAUUGUUAAGCCGCUAUUUAUGUAAAUAUGGCGGCACCGUCCUUUGCAUGAUUACAAGGACUGAUCUGGUCUGGAUGACAAGAAGAAUAAGAAUUACAUCACUAUCGUUUUCUUUAUCAAAAUAUUCCAUUGACACAA